AUGCCUUCCUGCUCUUCCCUUCUCUUUCCGUUGCGCGUCUGCAGGCACACACGCAACCGCGUGCGCGCGGGGCUCCUUUCGUGGUCGGCGCUGCCGCUGCCGUUUCCUUCCGGGGCCGCGGAAGCGGGGAGGAGGGGGACGCCAAGGGCGGGGGAGCGCCCCGCGGCCGAGUCCCGCCUUCUCUUCCGCGCGUGUGGCGGUGCGGUGCGAGUGCGCGGAACACCGUCCAUCGCGGCCUGCCCUGCGGCGCGGUGCCGGCCGGUGAGGGCAGGGCCGCGGCAGGCUGUGCGGCGGACUUUGCAAGUGCCCCGUCCCCCUCGCUACGGCUGCGGGUGUGCGCUGUGCCCGUGGCUCGCCUGCGGGGCGGCCUGGGCGUUGCUGCCCCUGCUUUCUGUGCCGGGUGUGCGUUGCGCCUCACUCCCUCUGCUUCCUUGCGGGCGCAGCGCGGUUGCGCUUGGGGCGGCGGCGGCGGUGGUGCCACUGCGCUGCUUCGUUUUGGCUUUUUCUUUUUACUUAUUAUUAUUAUUAUUAUUUUUUUUACUCCGCGCCCCACUCCUGCUGCACUGUGCUGGGGGAAAUGGGGCCGGCGUUGGGCGAUUUGCGGUGGGGCCUGCGACGGCAAGGUCCUGCGGGCAUGCGCGCUGCGUGUCGCCGCCGGAGGGGCUAAAAGGCGGCACGCGAUUUGUGUUUGUGGUUUUUGUUGUUGUUUUGCUUGAUUUCUGCGCUCUGCGGGGCGCUCCCCGUGCGUGUGUGUGUCUGUGUGUGUUUCUUGGGGCUGCGAGUGCGCGAUCGCCGCGGCCCUUCGCUGCGUGCUGCCCCGCUGGGAGCGUUGCGGCCGGCACGUGUGCCUCCUCCUUUUUUUUGUUUUAA